AUGGAUCGUGACCCGUCUGCCAACAAGAUUUACGUGAAGGAUCUCGAGAUGUUCGCCAAUGAGGUGGACAACGUGAAGGCCGACAUGACGGGCAUGAAGAAGCUUUACGCGCAGGUUCAUGAGUCGAACGAGCACAUCAAAUCGGCCCAAAACGCGGCCCACAUGCGGCAGCUGAGGGACGAGGUAAACGCUGACUUGGACCACGUUGUCAGGCUGGCGAAGCAGAUCAACAGGAAGUUUGAUGGGCUUGUACGGGCCAAUGCGGCCCAAAGGAGGGCUGCCGGUAGUGGGCCGGGCUCGUCUGACAACAAUGCAUGGGCCUCGAUGAUCUCAGAGCUUGGGCUGAGCAUCAAGCAAAUGAUGCGGAGGUUCCAGGGGCUCAGGGUACAGAUGGAGACCGACCACAGGCAGAUGAUUGAGAGCAGAUUCAGACCUAAUUUCAAACCAAUGAUCAAACUCUUCGAUUCUCACUGCCACUUGCAAGACCCAAGAAUCCUAACCCUAGCCGCAAAACUCAUUACCGAAACCCUAGAAAUCGGCGUCGCCCACUUCGCCGUAAAUGGAGUAUCCGAAAAGGACUGGCAUUUAGUCGAACAAAUGAGCAGAACUUACCCUUCUGUAGUCCCAAACUUUGGCCUUCAUCCCUGGUUCAUAACCGAGAGGUCUCCCAAUUGGCUGAUCACUCUCAAGGAAUUCCUCUCGGCCAAUCGGGCUGCGGCAGUUGGCGAAAUCGGAUUGGACAGAGGCUUGAAAGCAAAGGAAAUAGAUUUUUCAGACCAAGUUGAAGUCUUUCGCCAGCAACUCCAGCUGGCGAAGGAGAUCAAUCGUCCGGCCUCUGUGCAUUGUGUUCGUGCUUUUGGCGAACUGCUCGGGAUAAUGGAGUCCGUGGGCCCAUUCCCUAGUGGUGUUGUGUUGCAUUCGUAUCUUGGUUCGGCUGAGAUGGUCGAUCGGUUAUCUGAGUUGGGAGCUUACUUUUCGUUUUCUGGGUUUUUGAUGUCUUUGAAAGAGAGCAAAGCGAAGAGGAUUGUGAAAUCGGUGCCUAUGGAUAGGAUAUUGUUGGAGACUGAUGCACCAGAUGCUCGGCCAAAAUCGGGAGGUUCUCUUUUGUUGGUCGAGGAAGGAGAGGGUACUGAGGAGGAGAGUUUAAAUCACCCGGGUAAUAUUCGUAGUGUGCUUAAGUAUGUUGCGGGUUUGCUCGAGAUGGAGGAGAAGGAUCUUGCAGAAUUGAGUUAUGGUAAUGCAGUUCGGGUUUUUUCGUACGAGGGUUCGAAGUUUGUGAACUGAACUGAAAAGUUUCUUUGUACUAUGGUUUGAUUGAUUGUACUGGUUUCAUGUGAGCGAGUGGUGUUACGAGUUUUGUUAUGUUAUAAAUGUCUCGGUUUUUUUCAGAUGUGUAUUGUUAUGUUAUAAAUGUCUCGGUUUUUCUCGGAUGUGUA